ACGAGUUAAGUAUUGAUUUCAUGACAAGUUUAAGGUUCAAAAUCCAGCGCAUACACUUUGCCUGCGUGUACAUGUUUGUUGAGUGAAUGUGAUUAAAUUUCGUGAUUAUUAUGGCGGACGGUGCAAUAAAUCAUCCUUAUUUCCCGAGGGACACACAUCUUCCUCACUAUAAGCCUAACAUAACCAGUAUUGAGGAAUUAUUAGGACUGUUUUUCGGCUUGGUGGCAGUGUUGAACGUGUUGCUAUGGUUGGGAACGAGGGGCCGGUGCCUAGGUGUGCGUGUGAAGGUAUGCUGGUUCGUCACGUGCGGGCUGAUUCAUUCCAUCCUGGAGGGGUACUUUAGCCUCUACCACCGCACCCUGGCCGGGGAAGACACCUACCUCGCGCAGAUGUGGAAAGAAUACGGCCAAGGUGACAGCAGAUACGUCUCCGGUGAGACGUGCAUGGUCGCCAUGGAGUCCAUCACCGCCUGGGUGGACGGCCCGCUCUGCCUCCUCACGGCAACCGCCUUCCUUGUGCCGGGCAUGUCUGGUUGGCGAUACGUGUUGCAGCUGGCCGUCUCCAUCUGCCAGCUGUACGGGGACACCCUGUACUUCUCCACGGAGAUUCUAGAGAACUUCCGGCACUCCGAAUACGGCCAUCCCCUCCACUUCUGGUUCUAUUUCUUCUUCCUCAACAUGAUAUGGAUCGUCGUGCCGAGUCUUAAUAUAUUUGACGCUGUUCGGAAACUAGUCGCUGUUCAGAGACAUGUAGACAGCACAAACAAGAGCUCCGGGAAACCCUCAAAGAAGCGUCGUUGAUUUUAAUGUAAGAUACAUUGCAGACAUGACUACUGAUAUUCAAGUUCUAACGUGCACAUGUUUCGUUUGAUGUACAACUGACAACAACACUCGUCGAUUUCCUUUAUGUUUGUGUUUAAUAUAUUUUUAAAAAACACUAUUAUAUUAACUUACGUUUACAUAUUUUUUAAUUUUUAAUUUUACACGGUGUAUUGUUUUAUAUCGAUCUUUGACGCAUCUUGUAAUGAAAAAAUACACCCAUAUAGCAUCA